CCACAAAUGUAGGGAAAGAUUUUGGGAAACUGGGUUCCCGCCCUUGAUCCCCAGGAAAAACCUGUGGUAGCUCUUACCGCCUCCCUCCUCCUCCCUCCUCACAGAUGCAGACUGGGUUUUACAUCAGCUUUGACUUCAUUCCCAGGCAGACUUGCUUCACAGCCUGCAGUUGGUUGUCCGGCUUCAAUUGCUUUGGUGAUGAUUUUCUGCCAUGUUAAUUCUUCAACCAUUAACUGAGGAGGGAAGACAACUGCAGUACAAGGGGAUUACAUUCUGAGAGUACUUUGGUCCGGCUCUGAAGCAGCCAUGGGAAAAGUUUUCUACAUCAGUAAAAACGUGGCAUUGGGGUUGCUGCUUAUGGCCAUAUGCGCAGUAAUCACGAUCAUCGCAUUAUCGGUUGCAUAUGACAAGGAACGAGCAAAGAACCGGGAUGACUCUGGACAUGGCCAAACGGACAAUACCAGUACGCCGACAAUACCUACCACCCCCUCCACCGAGAAGGAGCCAUGGGAUCGUUACAGACUUCCAGACUCUUUGCUCCCUCUCUCUUACAAUGUGACUUUAUGGCCCAGACUGGAGCCCAAUGAAGAUGGAUUGUACAUUUUCACUGGACAUUCCUAUGUAGUUUUCAAAUGUGUGAAAGCAACAGACCUUGUCAUCAUUCACUGCAACAAACUUAAUCUUACUAGUUUUGAUGGGCAUUUGGCCGUGCUAACUGCUGAGCAUCACUCUGCACCGGCUAUAGAGAGGUCAUGGCUUGUACCAAAAACACACUAUUUGGUUUUGCAGCUCCGAAACGCCCUAACAGAGGGGAGUACAUAUGUUCUUCACACUGUAUUUCAGGGUGAGCUGGCUGAUGACUUGGAAGGCUUCUACAGGAGUGAAUACACUGAGAAUGGUGUAACAAAGAUUGCUGCUACGUCACAAAUGCAAGCCACUUAUGCCAGAAAAGCUUUCCCAUGUUUUGAUGAACCAGCCAUGAAAGCUGUCUUUAAUGUCACCAUUAUUCACAGUCAUGGCACCAUUGCUCUGUCCAACGGCAGAGAAAUCGACACUGUGAACACUAUUUCUGGUCUAGAAACUAAAUUUGAGCCAACAGCCAGAAUGUCUACUUAUCUUUUGGCCUUUAUCGUCUGUGACUUUACUUACAUUCAAUCAACACAGAGAGGUGUUUUGAUCCGUAUCUGGGCCCGCCGAAAAGCUAUUGAUGACGGGCAAGGAGACUUCGCUCUCAAUGUUACAGGCCCCAUCCUUGAAUUCUAUGAGCGCUACUAUAACGCAGCAUAUCCACUUGGAAAGUCAGAUCAAAUAGCUUUGCCUGACUUCAAUGCUGGAGCGAUGGAAAAUUGGGGUUUAGUAACAUACCGAGAGACAGCUUUACUCUAUGACCCCAUCAUAUCCUCAACAAGGAACAAGGAGAGAAUUGUAUAUGUCAUCGCCCAUGAACUUGCGCAUAUGUGGUUUGGGAAUCUGGUGACAGUGCGCUGGUGGAAUGACUUAUGGCUGAAUGAGGGCUUUGCAUCAUAUGUGGAAUACUUGGGAGCUGACUAUGUUCAACCCACCUGGAAUGUUAAAGAUCAAAUCCUCCUGUAUGACAUACAUGGAGUAUUUGGAGUAGAUGCCCUGGCCUCUUCGCAUCCGCUGUCCUGUGCCGAAGAGGAAGUCAGUACACCAGCCCAAAUCAGUGAGAUGUUUAGUACCAUCUCCUACAGCAAGGGUGCAGCUGUGCUCAGAAUGCUGUCUGAAUUUCUCAGUGAGCCUGUGUUUGCCAAAGGACUAAGUUCCUACCUCAAUACAUUUGCUUUUGGAAACACGGUCUACACAGACCUCUGGGACCACCUACAACAGGCUGUUGACCAAACUCCUGGUCUGGAUAUCCCACACACUGUUCAUGAGAUCAUGAACCGCUGGACUUUACAAAUGGGUUUUCCUGUGGUCACUAUUGACACUCGGACUGGAAGCAUUACCCAAAAACACUUUCUCUUGGAUCCAGAUUCAGUUGUGGAGAGACCAUCACAGUUUAAAUACAUAUGGUUUGUCCCUAUUAAAUGGAUGAAAUCUGGUAUAGAUCAACAGCAGUUCUGGCUACUCCAAAAGACAGAUACGAACGACAACAUGAGAGUGUCUGGAAACGACUGGGUGCUAGCAAACACCAAUGUAUCAGGUUACUUCAGAGUGAACUAUGAUCCCGAAAACUGGGAUCGUCUCCUCGCCUUGCUCAAUUCCAAUCAUCAGGCAUUAUCCGUAAUGAACAGAGCUCAAAUCAUAGAUGAUGCUUUCAACCUUGCAAGGGCCAAGAUUAUUAAUACCACACUGGCCUUAAAGACUACAAAAUAUCUGUCAAAAGAGAUGGGAUACAUCCCCUGGGAUUCAGCACUCAGAAACCUAAACUACUAUAUCCUCAUGUUCGAUCGCACUGAGGUCUAUGGAGCUUUAAAGAGUUAUUUGAAGAAACAAAUCCAGCCGCUGUAUGAGCACUUUAAAGUUCUGACUGAAAACUGGACCAAAGUGCCAGCUGCACACGGUGACCAAUAUAAUCAGAUCAAUGCCAUUAGCAUGGGCUGCAAGAUGGGUGUAGAAGGCUGCAGAGAACUCACCAAAAACUGGUUUAAACAGUGGAUGGGAAAUCCUGCACACAAUCCGAUCCACCCAAACCUGAAAAGCACGGUUUAUUGUUAUGCUAUAGCAUUUGGUGGACAUGAAGAGUGGGACUUUGCCUGGACAAUGUACAAAAAUGCAACUGUGGCAUCUGAGGCAUCCAGACUCAGGGAGGCCAUGGCUUGUACUCAGACCCCUUGGCUUCUAAACAGAUAUCUGGAGUAUUCGCUCAACCCAUCCAAAAUCCGAAAGCAGGAUGCUACUGCUACUAUUCUGUACAUUGCCAGAAACAUUGUGGGAAUGCCUCUUGCCUGGGAUUUUGUCAGAGCCAGAUGGAGAUAUAUUUUUGAGCAGUAUGGAAGAGGAUCAUUUUCCUUUGCUGGACUCAUUAAUGGAAUCACAAGGAGAUUCUCAACAGAAUUUGAGCUGGAGGAGCUUAAGAAGUUCAAAGCAGACAACGAAGAUAUUGGAUUUGGAUCGGCCACACUGGCCAUGGAGCAGGCCAUAGAGAAAACCACAGCCAACAUUAAAUGGGUGUCAGAGAACAAAGCUCAAGUGCUCCAGUGGCUCACUGAUGAAUCAGCAUGAAGACAUGACAGCUCUGUAGCAUUUGGACGGUGUGUCAGUGUGAUAUGGAUA